AUGACUUCACAUCAAGACGAAACAGUGCAGCAGAUCAGGAAGCAGUACAAUUUUCGUCCGUUUGUGGAUGCUCCUGCCUCAAACGAAAAGGUUGACUUGUUGGACCUCACCGUUAUCGAUUUAAGCAAGUUUGACAGCGGCCCGGAUGCCCGGAAAGAGUUGGCCACUUCCUUGGAGAAGGCAUUGACAGAGUACGGAUUUUUUAGGGUUGUUAACCACGGAUUUAGUCCUGAAUUUCUUGACCACAUGAAGUCCGUGGCACAGUCAACUUUUGAGACGACAGAUGAGGUGAAGAGCAAGUUUUUUGCAGGGGAAACGAAGAUUGAAGAAGACAAGGAUUUAGAGCUCGGCGUUAUUCGGGGAACCGGGUUCAAGCCUAGAGGAUAUUGGAAGUACAGCAACGACACACCUGACAACGUUGAGUUCUAUAACUUUAGACACUUCCUUCAUCCAGAGAUUUUUCAUAAUAGAAUUGAGUACCCAGAGUUUGUGCAGUACCAUCUUGACGAUAUUAGAAAAUACUUUAGUGAGUUACACACAGAAGUGCAGAGAAAAGUUUUAACUUUGAUGGAUAUUAUCUUGGAGAUCCCUGAAGGGACUUUGUACAAUAACUUUUUCCCCGCCAUCGAGAAUGACACUCUCAAUUCGGGAACUGGUUUUGGGCGAUUCUUGCUAUAUCACCCCGUUGAUCAAGAGUAUAAUAAGAAGACAUCAUCAACAUGGAUGAGAGGACAUACGGAUGCAGGAGCGCUCACCUUCAUCUUGUCCCAAUCUAUUUUGUCACUACAGAUCCGCUCUUAUGCUGAUAACCAGUGGAAGUAUGUUUCCCAUGUUCCAAAUUCCAUUAUUGUUAACAUUGGAGACACAUUUAAGUUUUUGACUGAUGGCUAUUUCAAGUCCUCAAUCCACAGAGUCCACACUGCUCCCGAGGACCAGAAAAACUAUACUAGAAAUACUGUGAUUUACUUUGCUUCUCCAAAACUUGAUAUUUACAUGGAUUCUGGCUCAUUAGCGUCGCCAAAGUUAAAAAGGUUGGGUUACAAGCUAGAUGACGGAUUGGAAAGAAUCACUGUUCGCCAAUGGGAUGAAGCAAAGGGAAAAUUCUUUAACAAAACCAGUGCAAACCGAAAGACAAACCUGACUUUGUACGGUAGGGAAAGCGUCGGUUCUUUGAUUGGUGAGAACCCUAUACAAGUUUGA